AUGCCGCUGCGGAUACCACCCUCGUACUCUACCAGCUGUAACGAUACCAACUUCACCUACCGAAUCGCUGCUGCAUCGGCUCCGAAAGGUGUUUCACCACGACCACCAAAGCCUGGGCGAGACUACUGGAACUAUACAUCUACGCACGAGAACCCCUCUCCUCCGUACCUUCGCUCGACCAAGCAAGACUCAGGCGAAGACGCCUUCUUUGCGACCACAGUCGGAGGCAGCCAAAGUCACGUAGCUUUCGGCGUAGCGGACGGAGUCGGUGGAUGGCAGGACCAAGGCGUAGAUCCUUCAGAGUUCAGCCAGGCACUGUGUGGCCUGAUGGCUGGCUCUGCCAACAUACAAGAGGGCAUCGAAGAGAAUCCGUGUAAACCUCAGCCUCUCCUGCAGCAGGCGUACGACGCGGUCAUGAAUAAUCCACGGAUUGCGGCCGGCGGAUGCACAGCCAGUCUGGGUGUAAUGGACAGACGAGGCAGCAUCGAAACAGCAAACCUUGGUGACUCUGGUUACUUGGUCUUUGGUCCCGGUAAAGUCGUCCAUCGUUCCGAGAGUCAGACGCACGCGUUCAACACACCAUAUCAAAUGUCCAAGGUCCCAGCGAAGCUUCAGGCUCAGUAUAAGAUCUUUGGCUCGACAUACUUCAGCGAGACCCCUGCUGAUGCGGAUGUCUCUACUCACCAACUCAAGCACGGUGACAUUGUCGUUUUCGCAACGGAUGGCGUCUGGGACAAUCUAUCCGCCCAAGACACUUUGCAGAUCGUCUCACGCAUAAUGGAGGAGGGCGGGUUCUGGUUCAAAUCGCACAAUUUCGAUGGCGCCGAGACGAUGAUCAAUGACACGCUUAUUACACAACUGCCAAGGACCAUCGAGGACAAAAUCCAGGAGUCUUACCUUCCUGGCCAACUUGCCGCCGCCGUCAUGCGUGAGGCGAAACUCGCAGGUUUGGACCGAAGACGUGAAGGUCCGUUCGCGAAGGAAGUCAAGCAACAUUACCCUGGGGAAGGCUGGGAAGGCGGCAAGCCUGACGAUAUUGCUGUCGUGGUAUGCAUCGCCGUCGAAGAGGCCGCCAGUGAUGAGAAACCCAUCAAGGCAAAGUUGUGA